CGCAUCCGCCACAAAUUACUUUCGUCCUCGGCGGCUCGGAGCGGCGAUCUUGGCGCGCAACGCGGUGCGCUUUUGCAACGGGCGCCGAUGCUGCUGCUGUUGCCGCCGCCUCAGCCCGUGCAUGGGACGCGGGGCUGCCGGUCCGCCCGUAAGCCUUGCGCCGGAUCUCCCGGGCGAGCAGGUUUGCCUUCCCCGCCGUGGCCCGCGUGCCUGAGCUCCCCGAGCCGGGCUCCGUAAGCGCCUUUCCUUUCACCCUGGAACUUUUCCCCUCGCGCCUCGGCUUCCCCGCGCCUCUUUUGGAUGCUUUUUCCAACCUCUCCUCUUGCCCAGCACCCGCCGCCGGCGCUUUCUCGUCCCCGAGCGACAGCUUCCGCUGCUGCCCCGGCCGCCGGGGUUGCUCCGUCAGCGGCAGCGCCAUGCACACGGUGCAAAAGGACACUACCUUCACCAAGAUCUUCGUCGGGGGGCUGCCCUACCACACCACGGACUCCUCGCUGAGGAAGUACUUCGAGGUGUUUGGGGACAUCGACGAAGCCGUGGUCAUCACGGACCGGCAGACGGGCAAAUCCCGAGGAUAUGGCUUUGUCACCAUGACUGACAGAGCUGCAGCUGAAAGAGCCUGUAAAGAUCCCAAUCCCAUCAUUGAUGGGCGGAAAGCAAACGUCAACCUAGCGUAUCUGGGAGCAAAGCCAAGGAGUAUUCAAACUGGUUUUACCUUAGGGGUGCAGCAGUUACAUCCAGCUCUUAUUCAGAGACCCUAUGGGUUGGCCCAUCACUUUAUCUACCCUCAAGCAAUUGUUCAGCCCAGCAUGGUGAUCCCAACUCCUGUCCAGUCCAUCACUUCUCCUUACAUAGACUACACAACGGCAAGCCAGGCCUACUCGCAGUUCACCACUGCUGCCUACGACCAGUAUCCCUAUGCUCCUUCUCCUGCUUCUGGCUUUGUGGGAUACGGGUACACAGGCGCCGUUCCUCAACCUGCCACGGCUGCCAGUCUACCAAUAGCAGCACCCACAACUUUUGUGCAGUAUCCACCAACACAGCUGCAACCAGACCGUAUGCAAUAGAAACCCAUCUUCGGAAGGACCUUUCUGGCUAUGAAGGAAUGCAAAGACAUAGAAGGGGACGAGAAAACAAAGAAGAAAACAAUAAUAAUUUUUUUAAAAAAAAAAAUCAAGCUUUUGUAAAAAAAAAGAAAAAGAAAAAAAGAAAAAUUGAUCAUAUUAGGGAGAAUGCAUAUCAAUACCUAAGCUAUUUAUAGUGUUACAGACUUUUAAAAACAUCCUUGCAACAACAACAAAAAAAGAUUUUUAACUUACAAUGAACGUUGGAAAUCUCUUUUUCCAUCUUUCCCUCUCUUCCUUUUUAUCGAGACAGAUAUUAUUGCAAAGAUGGACUAAAAUGACACACACACCCGCUUCCUGCGCUUAAAAGUUGAAAACUGCAAACCCUUGAAUACUUCAUAGCAGUUCAUUUCAUCACCAGCCAUUUUCUGCUUUAUUACUUAAGUUGCUAUGCACCAUCCAACUCUUGCCGUCUGUUAUUUAGCCUUGUUGCAAAAGGUAUUUGGAGACUACAUAAAUGGGGAGGUGGGGGAGAGGAAGGAGCAAGUUUUGGGGAUCAAGGGGUGGGAGGAUCCUUCCAUUAAAAGCUUCGUAAUACUCAAAUGCCUUAUAGGAAAGGGAAAAAAAGAGCGUAUUUUAAUAUUUAUUGUGAUCUCUAUUCACAGGGGCUGUGAAUUGCAGGUGAAAAAUAUAGUAAUAUCUGCCUUGUCUAAUGUUCACACCUAAAUUAUUUGUGUAUUGGAGGAGUUCUAAAUUGCUUUCGACAUGCAAAAGUAAUAUUGGCUUUAAGGACGGUGCAAUAUUCAAGUCGAUGCACUGUAUUUUUCUUAUUUGUAAUUGUUACUCUUUUAAGAUUAUCUCAAAGUUUUAGGUAUAUUUUUUAAAGCAAGAAAAGCAAGAAAAAAAAAUAUUGAACACAUUGUCUACUUUAAUAGAUCUUUUGUUUAUGAUGCUGCAGGUCUAGAGAAAUUUUACAGUAUUUAUAUAAAAGCCAAACGGGGUCUUCAACCAGCACUGUUUUGUUAGGCAAAUGUCAGGAAUAAAUUAGAAUUCUAUUACGGUGUUACACACUUAAACAAGAGAGUUGAAAAAGUUGACCCCCAAUGAUACAAAGUGCUGAAUAGGUAAAAGGCAGUGUAAGAAGUGCAUUUUUACAAAGAA